AUGAUCUGCAAUCUUCCACCUGGCUCAUUCAACACAGAUUCAAUCGUAUCCACUUUGCGAGAUCGUUUCUACGCUUCUCAGACGUUUCUCUCUCUGUCACAUACAAUCUUACUCUCUCUCAAUCCUUACUCUCCAAACGGUGCUUACGAAAAUGAAGAAGUGUUGAGACAGUACACUGCCGAUUAUCGUCAACUUGAUCGUGAAAGACGUAUUGUCCUGCCAAGUCAUGUGUUUGGCCUUACAUGUGAUGCAUACUUUUAUAUGAUGCGAACAGGUCAAGACCAAAGUAUCAUCCUAGCAGGUGAAACGUCAUCAGGCAAAUCUGAAAACAGGAAGAAGGUUUUACGUGCUCUCCUCGCACUCAGCUCUGCUUCUCCAGGCAAGAAAGGCUCAAAAUUAGCCGUACAGAUCCCUUCCGCAGAAUACGUAUUGGAAUCAUUCGCGCACUGUCAAACAUUAGACAACAACAAUGCUUCGAGAUAUAGCAAGUAUACAGAGCUUCAAUUCGAUGAAUCAGGCAAGAUUAUCGGCUACAAGACUUUGAACUAUUACUUGGAAAAGGAGCGCUUGACAAAGUGUGCAGCUGGCGAACGAAAUUUUCACGUUUUAUAUGCUCUUUUAGCUGGCUGCUCUGCUGAUGAGAGACAACACUUGAUGUUGGGUGAAGGUACCAACUUCAGACUAUUAGCCUCACAUACUCGAGGAAGCAGAGAAAGUGUUCAAGAUGACAUUAAUCGUUUCAACAAGCUUAAGCAAGCAUUCAAGAAUAUCGGUAUGUCCAAACGUCAAGUAGCAUCCUUGUGUCAGGUUUUGAGCGCAGUUUUGCAUUUGGGCGAUAUUGAAUUCUACCACGAUCGUCAUAGCACGCAAGAAUCCGCUUCAGUACGCAACAAAGACACCUUACAAACAGUCUCAAACUUCCUUGGUAUUCCUCCCCGUGCUCUGGAAGAAUCUCUGACAUUCAAGACCAAGAUGAUUCGCAAUGAAGUCUGCACAAUCCUCCUGGAUGCCGAAGGUGCAGGAAGUAAUCGUGAUGAUCUUGCAACUUUUCUGUACUCGAUGCUGUUCACCUGGGUGGCAGAAUUUGCCAACGAAAAGUUGUGCAAAGACACUUUCAGUACAUUUGUCAGUGUUUUAGAUUUGCCUGGACCUCAAAAUCAAUCACGCCAGAAUUCGUUGGAUCAAUUCAUCGUCAACUAUGCAAACGAAAUGCUUCACCAAUUUAUUUUGCGAACUGUAUUUGAGCAUCGCAAGGAAGAAUUCGUUCAUGAAGAUAUCGAAAACGCUAUUGAUGAUGUACCCUACGCCAAUAAUUCCGAGUGCUUGCGUUUGAUCACAAAUCAGCCAGGCGGUCUUGUGCAUAUCAUGGACGAUCAAGCACGUCGCGUGCCAAAGAAGACGGAUCAAACAAUGGCAGAAGCUUUCGGGAAAAGAUGGGGUAACCACCAAAGCUUCAAAGUGGGCCCAAUUGACAGAAGUGGUGCAACUACUUUCACGAUCAGUCACUUUUCCGGUCCUGUAAAUUAUACAAGUCAUCAAUUCUUGGAGAAGAACAGUGACGUGACGAAUCCAGACUUUGUCUCCUUGCUUCAAGGUCCAUUGCAAACAGCAAGCGGACAAGUUGCGCCAGGCGCAUUUGCAGGCUCUGACAAUGCAUUCAUCCGUGGUCUCUUCAACAAUCGAGUACUGAAUGUACAGGCACAUCCUCGCAACGAACAAACCUUGGUCGCUGUCCAGCAAUCGCUCAAACCAUCCCGCACGCCUUCUACGAGAAGGCCAAACAGGAGUGGAACAUUGCGUCGUGCCGGCACGUUGAAGAAAGAUGACAACAAGUCGGAGAAACAGAACGAUAGCGAUGAUGAAGCAAAUGAUGGCGACAAUACCAUUGAUGAUGAACAAGGCAAGAGGGGCAAGAAGGACGGCAUUCGUUGUGUUGCAGGUGAAUUUAAGAGUGCUUUCGACACUCUUUUCAAGACUUUGGAAGAUAGUAAACCGUGGUUCGUUAUUUGCAUUCGCCCAAACGAUCAUCAGCUUCCCAAUCAAUUUGAAGCGCGUCAAGUGAAGCAACAACUUGUCACAUACGCAGUAAGCAAUCUUGCAGCCGGUAUGAGCAACGAGUAUACGGUCAGCAUGACUCAUGAUGAAUUUUGUGAACGUUAUUCGGACUUGGCCUUCCUUAAUGCUGCUGAAAUGAAAGGUGCUUCGGGAGGAGAAGCAAGACAGAAAUGCAACAAUGCUAAAGAAGUGAUGGGUUGGUCUGACAAACAUGCGAGAUGCGGUCGUUUGAAAAUCUUCUUAUGCCAUUCAGUAUUCCGUCAAUUGGAAGAUGAGUUGCGCGCUGCUGAUCCGGAUGAAGUACGUGCGAAUGAACGUAGAGCUAUGCUGGAUGCAGAUGCUAUUGCCCGUGGUGAUGUCGAUCCACUCGUACCUGCAAAUGAGCAAGCCAACUUGUACUCACAGCAAAAAGCAUUUUCAGAUGGUGCAGGAAGCGCCAGUAAUGUGCCAUUGAACCCUUUCUCCAAUCAAUUACGCAAUCGAGGUGGACCAAGAUCUGGCGAAGAUGAAUUUGAUGAUGCGAAAAGUUCGGUGACUAGUCUUUCAGGCCGCUUUGAUACCACUUCACCGUCCAUUGCUGGCACAGAAAGCUAUGCUCCGUCUCGUAAUAUGUUCUCUGGACGAGUCGACGAAAAGAUGGCCGGCUUUAGCGGUACAGACCCACAUGAGACAGUAGAGGUGGCUCAUGUUACUUCAGCUCGACGCAAAUGGACUUGCAUUACUUGGUGCUUAACAUUUUGGAUUCCAACAUUUGUGCUCAAGCUUUGUGGCUUGAAGCGUCCUGAUAUCCGUAUGGCCUGGCGCGAAAAAUUGGCAAUCAAUAUGAUGGUAUGGUUUGUUUGUGGUUGUGCAAUCUUUGUCAUUACUAUUCUUGGAAAUUUGAUCUGUCCCAAACAGCAUGUAUUCUCGGAUGCAGAAUUUCAAGCAAAAGCCAGCAAAUAUUCCAUGACUAGAAUCCGUGGUGAAGUUUUCAAUUUGGACAACAUUAUCACCAUGCACAAGACUUCCAUUCCUGUCGUGCAAGCGGAUGUGAUCAGAAAGUAUGCCGGUAUUGAUGCCUCGCCAAUCUUUCCGGUUCAAGUCAAUGCUUUGUGUAAUGGUCGAACGGGCGCCAUCAGUCCUUGGGUUCAAUUGACCAACGAGAAUACAUCCGACGUCAAUGCGAAAUAUCAUGACUUCCGUGCAAUUCAUCCUGAGGAUACACGUCCAGAUUGGUACUACGAAUCUAUGGUACUGAUGCGAUCCAACUUCCGCGUUGGUUUCAUGGGCUAUACACCAGAAGGCAUUUCAGAUUUAAUCGGAGAUGGACGUUCGGUAGGCAUAUAUCGAGGUGAUGUAUAUGAUGUCUCCGACUAUAUUCGGCAAGGUUAUCGAGGUGCAGUACAGGCACCAGAGAAUAUGAGAGCACCAGGAGAUACAGAUGCUGCUUUCAUGACUGAAUCAUUGAUCUCUCUAUUCAAUCAAAAUCCGGGACAAGAUUUGACGAAAAAGAUUGACUCUCUACCACUUUCGAAUGAUGAAUGGCACAGGCAAAGAGUGUGUCUUCGUAACCUAUUCUUCAUUGGUAAAAAGGAUAAUCGUAACUCUCCGCAAUGCCGAUUUUCACAGAAUAUCUUAUUGGCCCUGUCUGUCAUCAUGGUUGCGAUUAUUGGAUUCAAAUUCUUGGCUGCUUUGCAAUUCGGCAGAGCACGUGUACCAGAAGAUCAUGACAAGUUUGUGCUUUGUCAAGUUCCUUGUUAUACGGAAGGUGAAGAGUCCAUGCGAAAGACGAUCAACUCAUUGUCAGCACUGAAGUAUGACGAUAAGAGGAAACUACUGUUUGUCAUCUGUGAUGGUAUGAUUGUCGGUUCUGGAAACGAUAGACCAACACCAAGAAUUGUGUUGGACAUCCUCGGUGCAGAUACACGAUUGGAGCCUGAGCCUUUGAGCUUCUUGUCCUUAGGCGAAGGCAGUAAGCAGCACAAUAUGGCCAAGGUAUACAGUGGUUUGUACGAGCAUCAUGGUCAUGUUGUACCUUAUGUGGUUGUGGUCAAAUGUGGAAAGCCCACCGAACGUCAUCGACCAGGAAAUCGAGGAAAGCGAGAUUCACAAUUGAUCUUGAUGCGAUUCCUCAACAAAGUACAUUUUGGUCUCCCGAUGAACCCUAUGGAGCUUGAAAUCUUUCACCAGAUCAAGAACGUGAUUGGUGUAAAUCCAAGCUUCUACGAGUAUGUCUUACAGGUUGAUGCAGAUACGGAAGUUGAUCCGUGGAGCUUGAACAAAUUUGUCAGUGCUUUCACGAAUGACAAGAAGGUGAUUGGACUUUGUGGUGAAACGAGUAUCAGCAAUUCAAAGCGCACCUUCAUCACCAUGUUGCAAGUUUACGAAUACUUUAUCUCGCACUACCUCUCCAAAGCUUUCGAAAGCUUGUUUGGUUCAGUGACUUGUUUACCAGGUUGUUUUUCCAUGUUCCGCAUUCGAACACCUGACACUCAUCGUCCACUCUUUAUUGCAAAUAAUGUUGUGGAAGAAUAUGCUGAAAAUCGAGUGGAUACCUUACACACAAAGAACCUUUUGCAUCUCGGAGAAGAUCGUUAUCUGACCACCUUGGUACUGAAACACUUUGGAGACUUCAAGACGACUUUUGUACGAGAUGCCAAAGCAAAAACUGCCGUACCAGAAGAUUGGUCCGUUCUACUCAGUCAACGUCGUAGAUGGAUCAACAGUACCAUUCACAACUUGUUCGAAUUGCUCAGCACGCCAGGCUUGUGUGGGUUUUGUUUAUUCUCUAUGCGUUUUGUGGUCUUUAUCGAUCUAUUAUCGACAAUCGUGGCACCAGUGACGCUGAUUUAUAUCGUAUACUUGCUCUUCUUGGUUAUCAAGGAUCAUGCGGCCGUGCCUUUGACGGCAAUUUUGAUGUUGGCUGCUAUUUAUGGAUUGCAAGCGAUCCUAUUCUUGCUCAGAAGACGAUUUGAUAUGGUGGUCUGGAUGUUGAUUUACAUCAUUGGCCUUCCGAUCUGGACGUUCUUUUUGCCAUUGUAUUCAUUCUGGCAUAUGGAUGAUUUCUCUUGGGGUAAUACUCGUGUCGUUAUGGGUGAACAAGGUAAAAAGAUUGUUACGCACGACGAAGGAACUUUCAAUCCAGCCGAAAUACCUCAAAAGACUUGGCAACAAUACGAAGAAGAACUUUGGGAACGUGGAUCAAAUCAAUCCAUCGGAACGAUUUUGCUCAAUAGACAAGGUGGUGCCAAUGAAGAAGGUAUGACUAGAGCAGAAAGUCAUUAUACCGCCAGCGUAUAUGGAAUGCCGCAAGCGGACAAUAUGAUGGGUGCUUCCUACAAGAGCGGACUCGGAUCAGGUUACCAAAGUCCCGUUCCUUCCAUUUACAUGGGAGGAAGUGGGAACUUGAGAGGCGACGCGAUGGGAUCUGCAGCUUUGAGUGGUACGCCAUACUCGCCUCUUAAUCAAGGUCGAAUCGGAUCUUCUUAUGGUCCAUUGGGUGGAUCACCGGUGGGAUCUUCACCUGGAGUGCAAGGCUUAGAGUCGCCAUUCCAAGCAGCGCCUGUUGCUUCUUCGAGUGCGGCAAAUGCAGGCAGUAUGAUGCAUCGACCUAGAUUCAGUACGGCAUCUUCUUCUUAUUUCGGUCAAAUGAACAACCCACCUCCCUAUGCAGGUACCUCGAGUGGCAGAUCGACGCCCACUGCGACUGGACAAACCACCAUCCGUGCUGUCAAUUUGAUGGAUUCAGACUCGCCUUUGAUCGAUAUGGAACGCAGCUCUUUGCCAACGGAUGAAGUGAUUGCACGGGAUAUACGUUCGAUCAUCAGCGCUUCUGAUUUGAAUACAAUUACCAUGAAAGGAAUUCGUGCACAAUUGGAAGCGAUGUACGGCACUUCAAUCAAUGCGAAGAAGGCAUUCAUCAGUGAUACCAUUGACUCUAUCUUGGGCGAUAUUUGA